UGCUCCCGGCGGCUUCCGCGGGAUCCCGGAGAUCCGGGCUCGAUCCUCGUGGUCUCUCCAGGAGGGACCCUCAGGGCGGGGACAGCCAACCCCCAACGCCCCGUUUUUAGAUGCACCAAAGGGGAACAAUUCCGGGCGCUCCCCUUGCUCGUGUCCCUUCCCCACCCUGGGGGAGAUGUGGGGGGCAGGGAAGGUCCCCCUUGUCCCUCGAACAAGUCCCCCCCGUGUCUUCAGCUGCAGGAUCCCAGAGAAUCUGGGGCGUUCCCUUCCCCGUGAUGGGGGGACACCGCCCCAACCCCCCUGUCCUGGCUGAUGCCCACCCGUGGCAUGGCCAGCGAGUGCCACCCCUGACCCCGCUGUCGCUCUGUGCCGCGGCAAACGGGCUCAGCUCAGCUCCCGGGUGCUGCUGCGGGACCUGGAGGACAAGGACAACGUGCUGGACUGGCAGGAAGACACGGCCCUGCUGGGCUGCUCUAAAGCUCACGGACAUCGAGCCCCGCAGCUCAAAUAAACCUGGUGUCACCGCCCCAGCCCCAAAUAUUCACCUGGCAUUGGGGUCACCGGGAUGGGAGAGCUCAGGACCACCUCUCCUGGGGGUAUUGGGGCCCUCCAGAUGGUUUAGGGUGGCCUGGUGAUCCAGGGGACCAUCCCAGCACCCCGAGAAGUGCUCGGCAUCCCCCACCUCCCUCUAAUGGGAUCACACAGCUCGUUAGGCAAAAAUGAGGCGCGGGCGAAACCGCCUGCGAGGAGCUGCUGGGAAAGGCCGGGGGCGAGGGGCUGCCGGGGGGGCAGUGCCACCCCCGCCGGGCUAUAAAUGCCCACCGCGCCCCGGCUGCCGCAUCCCGAGUCCUUUUGGGGUGCUGAUCUGCGCUGACCCGGCUGGCGAUGGCGUGUCCCCUGGAGCAGGCGAUGGCCGUGAUGGUCACCACCUUCCACAAGUACUCGGGCAAGGAGGGCGACAAGUACAAGCUCAGCAAGGCGGAGCUCAAGGAGCUGCUGAACAAGGAGCUGCCCAUCUUCGGGAGCAAACAAAUGGACGAGGCCGAGUUCAAGCGGCUCAUGAACGACCUGGACCACAACAAGGACAGCGAGGUCGAUUUUAAGGAGUACGUUUGUUUCCUGGCCUGUGUCACCAUGGGCUUCAACGAGUUCUUCAAGGACGACCCCAGCAAGCAGCACCGCAGGAAGUGACCCCCGGCUGCUGCCCACCCCGGCCCUGAGGGGCUGCAAUAAAAGCUUUUCCCCAAUCCUGGCUGAGUUCCUGGGUUCUGUUCAGGCUUUCCCCCAAUCCUGGCUGAGUUCCUGGGUUCUGUUCAGGCUUUUCCCCAAUCCUGGCUGAGUUCUGGGGGUUCU